UCACGGUCGUCCGUAUUUGGGUAUCUAGUACAGAUACCGACAGGACUGGUUUCCCUCUUUCAUUUGGACGGACUGCAGUUGCAACUGCGCUGGGGUAAAUAUGUCGGGUGGCUGGACGGUAAAGGAUCAUAAGAAUUACACGAACCCCAGUGCUGGGGUGAAGCGACCUCGUAACGACGUAGGGAACAGAGUAACGGUUGUUCUCGGAGCGCAAUGGGGCGAUGAAGGCAAGGGAAAAGUGGUCGAUUUAUUGGCAACAGAUUCCGACAUCAUUUGCAGAUGCCAGGGCGGUAACAAUGCAGGACACACAGUAGUGGUGGAUGGGAAGGAAUAUGACUUCCACCUGCUCCCAAGUGGAAUUAUCAACUCCAAAGCCAUCUCCUUCAUUGGCAAUGGGGUUGUCAUACAUUUGCCAGGCUUGUUUGAAGAGGGGGAUAAAAAUGAGAAGAAAGGCUUGAAAGAUUGGGAGAAACGACUGGUCAUCUCUGACCGGGCUCAUAUUGUGUUUGAUUUUCACCAAGCUGUGGAUGGAUUGCAGGAGGUCCAGAGACAAGCACAAGAUGGGAAAAACAUUGGAACUACCAAGAAAGGCAUUGGCCCCACCUACUCCAGCAAAGCUUCUCGUACUGGACUGCGAAUCUGUGACCUGCUGGCUGACUUCAAAGAUUUUUCUGCCAGGUUUAAGAAUCUUGCCCAGCAGUACCAGUCUAUGUUUCCUUCCCUGGAGAUUGAUGUUGACGCUCAGCUUAGAAAAUUAAAGGAAUAUGCUGAAAGGAUACGGCCCAUGGUUCGAGAUGGGGUGUAUUUCAUGUAUGAGUCCCUUCAUGGGCCCACGAAGAAGAUUCUGGUUGAAGGCGCUAAUGCUGCCCUGCUUGACAUUGACUUUGGCACGUACCCCUUUGUGACGUCCUCAAACUGCACUGUGGGUGGGGUAUGCACCGGUUUGGGUGUGCCCCCCCAGAACGUAGGUGAUGUCUAUGGGGUGGUGAAGGCCUACACCACCAGGGUUGGAAUUGGGGCCUUCCCAACAGAACAGCUUAAUGAGGUCGGUGAGCUACUGCAGACAAGGGGCCAUGAGGUGGGCGUGACCACAGGCAGGAAGAGACGCUGUGGUUGGCUGGACCUGGUCAUCCUGCGCUAUGCUCACAUGAUCAACGGUUUCACUGCGUUUGCCUUAACAAAAUUGGAUAUCCUUGAUGUGCUGGAUGAAAUAAAAGUGGGAGUGGCCUAUAAACUUAAUGGCAAAAGAAUUCCUUACUUCCCAGCUAACAUGGAUAUCCUGCACAAAGUUGAAGUGGAGUAUGAGAAACUUCCGGGCUGGAAGAGCGAUACCACAGCUGCCAGGAAGUGGGACGACCUCCCACCUAAAGCCCAGAACUACAUCCGCUUUGUGGAGAACCACAUCGGUGUCCCCAUCAAAUGGGUCGGAGUCGGGAAGUCUAGGGAAUCCAUGAUCCAGAUGUUCUAGGCACGGAGACCCCCACCCAUUCUUGGCAGCCUUGACUGAAAUAUCCAGGAUAUAUUUUUACUCUUCACGGAUUUCCCCUCUUUAAACUGGUGCCGCAGACCUGGACUCUUUUACUAUACCAGAAGGAAUGCACAAACACACACCGUGCAAUGCGGUCCCCGCUACACUAUCAUUUCGGUGGCUGAUUGUUCAGUGCAUUUUCUGUCUAUGAAUUCCUUGAGAUGAGUCGAAUUGGCUUAUUUUGUUUUUGCCAGGAAAAUGUUUUCAACACUGAGCAAGAUGGAUCCUUCUUGAUUUUCAUUUCUUAUGUGGAAGGCUUCAUUGUGUAUGUACUACAGAAGAGAAGUUGACCAAAGUACAAACUUCAGAUAUUAAGGUUCAAACAAAGCUUUAUGUUGAACAUGAAGCAUCUUGGUCCCAAGAAAGGGAUUAGUAUGUUGCAGCAUGUUGUAUUCGAGAUCUUUUAUUCAAUUUGUAAUUGAGCAGUAGUCAGAGGCACUUGUAACAUUAAGCCACCAUCUUAAAUCCUGAAAAGUUGGCAAAACUUAUUUAAAUGUAUGACCUUUUAAUUGCUCAAUUUCCGUUGCAUGUGUCUUGUGAUUACUUUGCAGUUUUUAAGUCAGCCAUACAAGUUUAACGGCAGUCAAAAGAGUAAUAAAAAGAAGCAUCUUUUUUGUUAUUUGUUUUUUAGCAGCAACAUUCAGCCGACAAGAUCGUCAAGUUGAGGGUUUAUGUACUCUCCCUUAAUGUUAUUUUCCCUGAGCACUCCUUUUUCACUGAUUUGACUUGCAUUAGAAUCAUUCAGAUGCUGUCGGUUGAUUGGAUGCUGCUCAUGCCAGUAUCUACUUUUGUGUUCACAUGGAUAGUUAUCAAUAAAGUUUUUUGGAUUCUUUCUGCCAUCGCCUAGCAAGGGUCAUCCUGAGUAGAUUGCAUUGACUUUACUUGAAUAUGCCUUGGCCAGUACCCAAUGCUAAAGGCUUAUCCCUGCUUGUAUUGUCACACUUGUCCAUGUUAACUGUGAUGUAUGUAUAUGCAGUAUCAUGUUGUCCAAAACUGUGUGGAGAAACUACUAUUAUUGUAUUGUAAUCAAAGCAUGACACUGCCGCAGCGCACAAUAACGUUCUCUUAAAGACACUGGACUUUGAUAUGUAUUUCCUUUCAGUGGCUGUUAACCCACACCCAACCCAAGGCUCACAUCCUUACAAAAUCAGUCAAACAAAGCCGAAUAAUUCUGCUGGUGAUUCUGUUGAAACCCAACUGCAGUUCCGUAUUAAAGAAGAGGAAAUCUAGCUGCCAAAUAAAUGUCAUGUAGACUGUU